GCUGCUGGCGCUGGCCCUGUGCUCGCUGGCGCUCAGCCUACUCGCCCACUUUCGGACCGCCGAGCUGCAGGCCCGGGUGCUGCGCCUGGAAGCCGAGCGUGGGGAGCAGCAAAUGGAGACGGCUAUUUUGGGACGAGUCAACCAACUGCUGGAUGAGAAAUGGAAGCUCCACUCUCGGAGGCGCCGGGAGGCCCUCCCGAAGACGUCUCCAGGGUGCCACUGCCCACCAGGACCUCCUGGUCCCGCUGGAAGACCUGGCAUCCCGGGGGACAAAGGUGCCAUUGGGAUGCCUGGACGUGUGGGAGUAAAGGGCCAACCAGGCGAGAAGGGGGCCCCAGGAGAUGCCGGCGUGUCCAUCAUCGGCCCCCGAGGCCCCCCAGGUCAGCCGGGCACUCGAGGUUUCCCUGGAUUUCCGGGUCCCAUUGGGCUCGAUGGCAAACCGGGCCACCCGGGACCCAAAGGGGAGAUGGGCCUGACGGGUCCCCGAGGACAGCCGGGACCUCAAGGACAAAAAGGAGAAAAGGGUCAGUGUGGAGAGUACCCACAUCGGGAGCACCUGAGCAGCACUCUCUCGGCUCUGCGCUCCAACCAGAUCAUUACCCUGAAGGGGGAACAGGGCCAGGCCGGCAUCCAAGGCCCACCAGGGCCACCAGGCCCCCCUGGACCAAGCGGACCCCUGGGGCCCCCAGGACUGCCAGGGCCCAUGGGGCCAUCAGGCUUACCCGGGCCUCCUGGACCAAAGGGAGACCCAGGAAUCCAGGGCUACCAUGGCCGGAAGGGAGAACGGGGCAUGCCAGGGAUGCCCGGCAAACAUGGAGCGAAGGGAGCUCCUGGAAUUGCUGUGGCUGGGAUGAAGGGUGAGCCAGGGACCCCAGGAGCCAAGGGUGAAAAGGGGGCGGCAGGCUCCCCUGGGCUACUCGGCCUCCUGGGGCAGAAGGGAGAAAAAGGUGAUGCCGGCAACUCCAUUGGAGGGGGCAGAGGGGAACCCGGUCCCCCAGGGCUGCCCGGGCCCCCUGGGCCGAAGGGAGAAGCUGGCGUUGACGGCCCGGCCGGCCCCCCAGGACGGCAAGGAGACAAGGGGGAGCCUGGAGCACCUGGAAACCAGGGACCAGUCGGCCCCAAGGGCACCAAGGGGGAACCAGGGAAAGGAGAGAUGGUGGACUACAACGGAAAUAUCAACGAGGCUCUCCAGGAGAUCCGAACGCUGGCAUUGAUGGGACCCCCCGGUCUUCCCGGACAAAUCGGCCCACCCGGAGCCCCAGGGGUCCCAGGCCAGAAGGGGGAGAUCGGACUGCCAGGCCCUCCAGGACACGAUGGAGAAAAGGGACCUCGAGGCAAGCCAGGAGACGUGGGCCCUCCUGGUCCCCAAGGCCCCCCAGGAAAGUCUGGGCCUGCAGGAAUGAAGGGAGAAGAUGGACACGCAGGAAGCCCGGGAGAGAAGGGGGAGAAAGGAGAGAUGGGACAGGCAGGCCCACCGGGUCUAGACGGCCCAACUGGGGAGAAAGGAGAACCAGGUGGCCAAGGGAGGCCUGGAGCAACAGGAGUCCCCGGCCCUAUCGGGCUCCCGGGAUUUACAGGAGAGAAAGGAGAGCCCGGGGAGAAGGGGGAGCCAGGAGUGGAGGUUCCUGGGCCUCCAGGGCCAGAGGGGCCCCCCGGACCUCCGGGGCUCCAAGGUGUUCCCGGACCAAAGGGGGAAGCAGGACUAGAUGGAGCAAAAGGAGAGAAGGGUGUCCAGGGAGAGAAAGGAGAUCGCGGGCCGCUGGGAUUACCCGGUACUCCAGGACCAAUCGGAGUCCCAGGCCCAGCGGGACCAAAGGGCGAGAGGGGCAGCAAAGGCGACCUGGGGAUGACGGGACCAACAGGAGCGGCUGGGCUUCCUGGUUUACAUGGACCACCCGGGGACAAAGGAAACCGGGGGGAGAGGGGGAAGAAAGGCUCUAGAGGGCCUAAAGGGGAUAAGGGAGACCAAGGAGCGCCUGGAUUAGAUGCCCCCUGCCCGUUGGGACACCGAGGUUUUAAAGGAGAAAAAGGGGAGCCGGGGUUACCAGGGCUGGACGGACUGGAUGCCCCAUGCCCAUUGGGCGAAGAUGGCUUGCCAGUCCAGGGCUGUUGGAACAAGUGAUGCCUCUAACCUGGGAAUGGCCUGUGUGUGUGUUUGUACAUAGAAUAUUUAUUUUUAUACAGUUUUCACUUUUUGAAAAUGCCAGAAGUAUGAUGCAUCUUACAGAUUAUUAAAAAAAAAAGAAAAAAGAAAAACCUGCAUAUUUUGUACAGAAAAUGCCAGCCUCCUUCCGUUUGUUUACAAGAUGUUUUGUAUAAGUCUACAACUCUAAUACACUUUUUGUUUAUGAGUAUGGGCAUACGUUUGCAUGAUAUUUGUGCACACUUAUUAAGUCCUGAAGCUUAAUAAAUUAUUGUGUUCUGGUGCCAAAGGGGGCCAAGCCAGCA